AUGCCUGCACGUACACCACCACCGGCAGACAUCCAGACAAUCACCACUUCAAUCCCCAAGGUCCUCGAGCAGCGCACACUCAGUCCGUUCAGAAUACCCGGAGUCUCAAGCUCAUCGCUCAUCUACUACCACGUUCUCGAGCCACGCACACCCAGAGAGUCCGGCGAAAUGGACUAUACACACCCAUGCGCGCUAAUGGCCACGCAGCGCGAAGCGAUCGUGUGGAAUGGGCUGGACGAUCUCGACGAUAAUGUGCGUGCCGCGGUUGGGCGGCCAAUUGCGACGUGGGUAGACGUCGCGCUGGGAGGGUGUGGGGCGACCUCCAGUUUUUUUGAACUGGUGGAGGGGAGAAUCGCGGAGGACACAUUGGUCAGAGAGUUCAUUGUGCGGGCGGACAUCUUCGACAACAUUGGGUCUGAAGACGAGUACUGGGAGUCGCUGACUCCAGAACGAGCCCUCAUCGCGCGCGUCUUCGUUGACCACUCGCACAGAAGGACAGCACCUGGCUCGAGAGUCCUCCCUGCCAUCACCGCUCUCGCGUUCAACAUACGAUUGGCCUGCGAUGAGCUUCUCGCUCGGAUCUAG